GCGGGGGGUGGAGCCCAGGCCUCAGGAGAGGAAGUGGGUCGCGGUUGAGGCGGCGGCGUCUUGCUUGAGGAUUUCUCCUUCGUGGCUUCCGGGGGUGCUUACUCGCCCAAGAGCGUCGGCGGCGGCUCCUGCCGCACCAGCUCGACUCCAGGACUUGAAGAUACUGGAAAUCUACUGGGCAGCGGAUUGCUAUACUAGCCAGAGGAUGAGUAACCAGCAGGUGUGAGAAGUUGAGAAGAGUCAACAUUCAACUUCCCUGCUGACCUCUGGACAGGUCCUUCCUUUUCUGUAGGGUGGAGGCAAAGAGCACAAUGAGUACGAGAAAGCGUCGUGGUGGCACAGUAAAUUCUAGACAAGCCCAGAAGCGAACUCGGGAAGCAGCCUCCACCCCUGAGAUGGCCUUGGAAGCAGAACCCAUAGAACUUGUGGAAAGUGCUGGAGAUGAAAUAGUGGACCUCACCUGUGAAUCGUUAGAGCCUGUGGUUGUUGACCUGACUCACAAUGACUCUGUCGUGAUUGUUGACGAGAGGAGGCGGCCACGGAGGAACGCGAGGCGGCCACGCCAGGACCAUGCCGACAGCUGUGUGGUGAGCAGUGAUGACGAGGAGCUGUCCAGGGACAGAGAUGUGUACGUGACCACCCACACUCCUAGAAACACAAGGGAGGAGGCAGCCACAGGACUCAGGCCCUCUGGUACUGUCAGUUGUCCAAUCUGCAUGGACGGGUACUCUGAGAUUGUACAGAACGGACGUCUCAUUGUUUCUACAGAAUGUGGCCACGUCUUUUGUAGCCAGUGCCUCCGCGAUGCCCUUAAGAAUGCUAACACUUGCCCGACUUGCAGGAAAAAGAUCAACCACAAACGAUACCACCCCAUUUAUAUAUGAAGUGUGGAGAGCUGCUUGGGAGAGGUGGAUGGAUAGACAGCCUGUUGGGUUCUCCACACGGCCUUUCGUGGGUUCUCUGCCUCAAUACCCCGAGCUCGAAAAGACUAUUUCAAAACCAACAUCUGAUAUGUAAACUGCUCUUUUGUUUCCAAACUCCACUUAGACCCUUUCGUUGCCUCCAGUUUACUGCUGUGGAGCUGGAGCCAGGGCCCACCCAGGCCAGGAUCUACAUCUCUACUACUCUGUGCGGUCUGCUUCCAGGGUAGGAGAGAGGGAGUUAGACACAUUGGAACCAAGAAUCAUGAUUCCAGCCUCAUUCUGGAACAUGCACGUUUGCAAGAAAUUCUCCCCAUCUGGAAAGUUUGUCCCAGCUUCCUCGUGGCAGUAUCGCCAGGGGCUGGUCCUGGUCAGAGAGCAGGCAGGUCCACCCAGCUCUCCUGGGCAAGCACCAUGGUGACCAAGCCCAACAAGGUCCAUCCGGCCUGAGGAUCCCGGCUGUGAGCAUGGCCCUGGAAAGACCCACCACUGGACUCUUCCCUUGAGUCAGAGGUUACUCAUGAUCCCACCUGUACCCUAGCAUCAAUGUGCAGGAGGGUCUGCAGGUCAGGAGAAUCUCUACAGGGCAAUUCCCAGUUUCCUAAGAACGAAAUGUGCAAUAAAGCCUGUUCUUUGUCUACUCAGCAGCCCAGGAGAUGUAGCACUGGAAGUGUUUCCUCAGAGUCCUCGUGGUGCCUGUGGAGCAGUGCCUGUCCCACCCAGUCCUACCUGCCACCUGUUCUCAGGAACUUAACCCGUGUCCCAGAGCUUUUCACCUGGCACAAGCCAUGCUAGGUACUUUGGGCAGACAUGUGGUCAGGUAUCCUCUCUGUUUUCUGAUAAGAUCUAUCCUGUGUUUGCCACAUGCCCUCUGGUCCUCAGUUCCCACUGCCUAAUGUCUACUCAAGCAUAAAUACUGGGAGGUAGUGGCAGUACUUGUGGCCUUACCAGCCACCCAUGUCCAUGCUGUUGUCCAAGUCAUGGCUGCCCAGAGUUUCAGAGAAUUUGGCCCACCUGAUGUUAGCUGGGCUCUGCCUUCGGCUUUAACCCCCACCCCCACACCAACUGACAUUCAUUUUAGAAGCUGCUCUUCUGGCCUUCAAUAGGCUUUGAUCCUUUGGGCUUUUGACUGCUCCAUAGGUUUGGUUGGCAAAGUACGGUGGCCUCUUCUCCCCAGGGCAGCCAGAUAACAUGCUCUGCUUGGUCCUGGAGGAGGCAGUGGGGUGGCCUGAGCUGCCCCUCACAACACAGGGCCUGGGGCAGCUAGUGGGAGCGAGGCCUUGCCGUGUCAACCUGCCUCUGCCUCUGCACCCUCCUUCUUCAGAGGGUUUUAAGCCAAACCAACAGCUUCUUCAUGUGAAACAUCUUCAAGGUGGGAACAGGGCCUCCUCUGGCUUUGCUAGCAAUAACUGACCUUCAGUUUACCCUUCUGAAGGAGCAGGGACUCGGCACAGAAUUCACUUUAAAUGGGGCUGAAGGAGUGUCCCUCCUGUAUGUGAAAAGAAAUUUGUUUUAUUCUUCAUUCUGACUUUUUAACUUUGGCUCACUUCCAGUUAAUUUGGAUGAAAGUAAUUUUCUACUUGGAGUCAAGGAGGGCAGGACAUCAUUUCUCAUCGGCACAAUGCUAGGUAUGUCUGCCCUCUAUUUGGAUGUCAUUGCCAUUAAGUUCCUUCUGGGCUUCAUGGAAACUCUUUUGUUAGGUUCCAGCAGUACCCAGACUUCAGAAACCAAGACCACCAUGCAGCCAAAAUCUCCUUUAAGUUUUGUGCUUAAGGACAAAUGGUUGAUCAUAAAGGUUGUAUUCCUUCAUACUAAAUUAAAUUGGGGAAAAAAUGUUUAGUUUCUACUAUUCAGAAACUGCAAAAUAGGAAAAGAUUGAUAAAAAUCAUUUUCCUCUUCAUUGUACAUAGUUCAAAUCUUUCUUUGUUACAUUUAAACUAUAUCCAUGUACAUUAGUCUGUUGGACUCCUGCUAGUGUUACAGAUGGAAAUAAAACCAUUAAUUUGAA